GCGACUGGCAGCAUCGCCCACCGCCCGCAAUGGCGCUGAAGCGGCUCUGCCGUGUGCAAACCUUUUCUGUAAGUGGCGAUUCGGUCCGGGACAAUUCCACGCGCGUGGGAUAGAAAUGUGUGUUUUUUUCUUUUGGCAAGACAAGGUCAUCCGAGUUUAGCCUUCUGGAUUUUAUUUUAUUUUAUUUUUUAAAUAUUUGCACCACGCGUCGAAACGAAGCCACGCACGGAGCCGCGAACGUAUGAACGGACCUAAAGAAACUAAAACAACGGGUGGAUCUGAUGUGAAGGCAACGCUGCGGCGGCUCAAACUUAGACUCCUCACUUCAACAUUCAUAAUGAGGCCACGGCGAUGCUGACAUCCCCUCUGAAUCUAAAGAAAUCAUCAUGCUGAAGACGGAGCCCUCAGGGGAGAGGACCAGCCUCCGGAGUGCCUCCCCCCACCGGAAUGCAUACAGGGCUGAAUUUCAGGCACUCAAGAAGGCCUUCGACCAGCCUCGCAUAGAGCGAGACUCCAAGCCCAAGGACCUUGAACGUGUGAAGCAGCAAAGGGGCCGCCAGUAUGGCGGCCAUGUCAGUCGCAUUAAGGACAUGUUCAUGCAGAUGGGCUCAGAAAAUGUGCCGGAUAAGGCCAAGGGCUGUGAUGAGUCCUCGCCACAAAAGUUGGUCAAGCCGACCAACUUCAUCAACAAGGCCGAUGGGUCGGUGAUAAAGCUUCAGCAUUCCGUAUCGGCUGACAGGGUCGGAGGGGCCGGAGCAAAGUUCUCCGAAACCAGGAAGCUGUUUGAGCAGCAGUCACGUGACCAGUCCCAAUCCCCGGUCUUUCCGUACGGGCGUGACAAGCGCGGUUCCCAUGAGCACCUCGACGACUGGCGAGGUCCUAGAUCUAAUCGAGGCAGCACCGACUCCUUGGACUCACUGUGCUCAAGAGCGGAGGCGUCCUCGCCAACUGUCAGUCAACUGAGUGCCGUGUUUGAAAAUACAGACCACGCCAAUCAAGGUGCGGCCUACAAAGGGGUCAGCAGACGGGCCCUCUACUCUCCGGACGGGGGCCACCGCCCCGGAGGUGACGUCAGCGAGGACGAUUCAAGGCAGUCUCCAGUUCGUGGGAGCUCCCGUAGCAGGACAGGCGGGAAGUUCCCCACAUCCUUGUCUGCCGAGGACCUUCUGAGCGCCGGCAGCGGGACGGAGACAGCGGAGCAGCCGAAACCAGCACCACGAGAGGACGAGGCCCAAGACAAGUUGGGGCCCCAGGGCAGAGAUAGGCGGCGGCUUUCUGGGGUCAGCACGAGCGGCGGCCAGGUGAACGGCUCAUGUGAAGAAGAGGAGAAACCGCCAGAAGCGAGGAGAAACGUCCCGGACGCGGUGGCGUCCGAAGCCCCGAGACCUGCCGAAGACGAGGUAAUCACCGACAAGGCUUUGGAAGACGCGACCCCCGAGCCACCUCCAACGGGCGCGCGAGCGGGGCAUAGCCAGGAGGACGGGGACGGUUCAAGAGAGGACAAGUCCUCCGACUCCCCAAAGGACCACGCGGAAGAACCCGAUGAGGAUUACACUGGGAACGAGCGGGUGGUUUUUAACGCGGACGGAGAUGCCUGCUACCAGGGUUGGGGGGAGAGCUGCACCGACCCCGAGGACGACCUCUACGGAGACGAUGAGGAUAUCGUCUACGACCCGGGCUCCGGUCUCACAGAGAUCCCCGGGCUGCCGCACGAAAACAAAGAGGACGUCCCCCCAAUGCGGAAGAUACGGUUCAGCACCGCCCCCAUCACAGUGUUCAACACCCACUCCAACGAGGACUAUGACCGGCGUAACGAGGAGGUGGAUCCUGUUGCCUCCUCCGCAGAGUACGAGCUGGAGAAGAGGGUGGAGAAACUGGAGCUCUUCCCUGUGGAGUUGGAGAAAGACGAAGACGGCCUCGGGAUCAGCAUCAUCGGGAUGGGCGUCGGCGCUGACGCAGGCCUGGAGAAACUGGGCAUCUUUGUGAAGACCGUCAUCGAGGGCGGAGCCGCGGAAAAAGACGCCAGGAUCAAGGUGAAUGACCAGAUCGUGGAGGUGGACGGGACCAGUCUGGUGGGCGUCACUCAGAGCUUCGCCGCCUCCGUCCUCAGGAACACGUCGGGAGUCGUCAGGUUUGUGAUUGGACGAGAGCGUCCGGGCCAGCAGAGCGAGGUGGCCACGCUCAUCCAGCAGACCCUGGAGCAAGAGAGGAGGCAGAGAGAGCUGCUGGAGCAGCAGUACGCCCACUAUGACGCCGAUGAUGACGAGCAGACGGGAGAGUACGCCACAGAUGACGAGGAUGCCGGGACGCAGGUCGCGGGCGAGGACAAAAACAUUGAGGUCUUUGAUUUGCCCGAGUCGGAGGAAGUCCUGUCGCCCUCUGAGUUGGACGCCAGCAAACUCUACCAGAAGUUCAGAGAGCUCCAGAUCAAACACACAGUGACCGAGGCCGAGAUCCAGAAGCUCAAAAACAAGUUGUCGUCAGUGGAGAGGGAGAAGCAGCGCUGGGAGAAGGAGAAGAGUCAGCUGAAGGCCAGCAUCGAGGAGAACAAGGAGAGGAUGCUGAAGCUGGAGAGCUACUGGAUCGAAGCACAGACCCUCUGCCACACCGUCAAUGAGCACCUGAAGGAGGCCCAGUCCCAGUACCAAACUCUGGAGAAGAAGUACAACAAAGCCAAGAAACUCAUCAAGGACUUCCAGCAGAAAGAGGUGGAGUUCAUCCAGAAGGAGGAUGCGGAGAGGAGGCGGCUGGAAGAUGCUGAGAAAGCUCACCUGGCUGAGAUCCAGGGACUGCAAGUCAGGAUUGCAACACUAGAGUCCGAGUUAAUGCAGCUGAUGAAGCAGAAUGGCAUCCAGGUCAACAACAACAACAACAGCAACAGUGCCCAGCAGCACAGCCCCAGGAGGGCUGCAGCACAAGCUGGAGAUCUGAGGGAGGCCUCUCCUUAUUCCCCCAGCAAAAAGAAGAUGUGCGGUGACAGCAUCAUCUCCACAGAGGGACAGGUGUCGGAAGGACACGGCAGUCCGGCCCGCGGUCGGCCGGGUUGGAUUCGCAGCGCGGCCUCUUGUGAUGGAGCAGCCGCGGCUCUCGGGGCCCUCGGGGCCCCCGGCAGCUCAGGAAGCUCCCCGAGGCGAACUCUGCACCGGUCGUCCACUGCAGGUUCUCGGUCUCCUGCGACGUCGAGCCCCUCCCACUGUGUGGAGGAACACAGACGAGCUCUGGAUCCCGGAUCCACAGAGACGUCAGCAGAGGACAGUCCAGACAAACUCAAGGCCAAGCUGCAUGAGGCGCCCUCUCUGAACGACGAUCUGAGCGCCAGCAGCAGCAGCAGCAGCUCAGUGGAGAUCAGUGGCCUGCUGAGUGAGACCAAGAUGCUGGGACGCUCACACACACCGGUGCUUUCCUCAGAUGAGAGUCUGGAUAUGGUUGACGAUGAGAUCCUAGACGAGGCACAGUUACAGAAGCAGUACCCCUGUCAGAACCACAGCAUCGCAGAGUGGACCUCCCAGCAAGUGGCCCGCUGGCUAAUGGGCCUCAACUUGGAGCACCACAUCCCACAAUUCACUGCCAGCAACGUAGAUGGAGAACAGCUGCUACAGCUGGACAGUGCUGAGCUCAAGGCCCUUGGAGUUUCUUCUUCCCAGGACCGGGCCCUGCUCAAGAAAAAGAUCAAAGACCUUAAAGUUCUUCUGGAAAAGGCCAAGAGGAACCGAGAGAAAGUGGAGAAACAACGCGAGAAGCUACGGAAGCGGGAGCUCGCGCAGCAGCCGAAGGACGGGAGCAAAGAAAGCGCGGCAGAGUGAAGCGAUUUGUUAGAUCUCCGACCUCCGGCUCUCCUGUAGCACCACACCAAGUAGCACCUGGAGGAACAGAACGUCAGUGGGCCACACUAGGAACCCUGAGGGACGCCUGCUCAGUAGUUCAAUGCUUCUGACUGGUGGGGCCACACACCCAACUGUCGGAGACCAACGAGUGACUUUUUUCACCGAGAAAAUUAAACCAAAAUAUGCCGUUGGAUAAGAGGAUCCUGUCCCGUUCAAUUGCCUCAUUUUUCACCCAUUUUUUGGGCCAUUUAAGAUUUAAAAAUUUAAUUUAGCUGUUUAUUGCUGUAAACUUUGUUUAUUUAUUCAUAGCCAAAAAAAAACAAUUCUCCUCGUCCCAUAUCAUCUUCAGAGACGUCUGAAUUACCCAUAAAAGCUCCCGGAGACGGCACAGCGCUAAUACAGAUUUGUAAGAUGUGCCAUUUCGAUAGACCUACGCCUAUCCCGUUCAGAUAGAUGGAUCAGUGGAAUUGCUCUCGUGCAUUUGACGCUGACGCUUUGAAGCUGAUGCUGCAGAGGUGGAAGCCACGAGGCAGUGCUCAUCUCCCACCACCGGGUGUACCCACGCGGCUUACUGUCACUACCGAAGGAGCCCACCCUGGAACUUUCCAAUAGGAACUAAAGGAGGGAACCCGAGUGUACUAAGGAGGAACAAACUCUCAGAACCUGCAAAUACACUGGAAGUGCAAACACUGUAAAUUCAAACCUCUGCACAGGCUUGUUUAACGCGCCGUACAGUAUACGUAUACCAUACAAUGUAUGUGCGACAACAGGGACAUGCUAUAGUUCACCGGACUGCUUCUGAUGGAGACUUCAGAUAACAUGUAAUCAUGGAAUUUGUGACCAACAAAUCCUAUACCACAAAAACAAAACAAAAAAUGUCAAAAGUACUCUUUCCGCUUGGAUGCAUAAUGUUAAUUUUUGACACCUCGUAACCUGCUUUCGACUUCUUUUUGUAUUUCCUCUCACAAAGAAAUAAUACCCUGCGACUGCCUUUGUUCUAAAGGAGUAGAACCCCUCCCCAACCCCUUCAGUGUGAGUGUCGACAGUUUACCUUGCAAAUGACUAUAAAUCUGAAUAUUAUUUAGGAAUGCUGCCAUAUAGACAAGUCGCCUCGGGGAUGGAGGACAGACGCAGUGAAUCUAGAGAUGAUCUAAAAGAUGAUCACGCCCGAUACUGCUGGCACCUGAUAUAUAAUAUAGUAGAAAUAUAGUUUUAAUUUUCCUACUGCACUGGUUCAGUAAGACUUGAAACAUGUCGAUUUCCUUUUUAGAUAUAAAAUGAAUAUACCUUUUGAAAUUGUUUUGACACAUGUACUUGUUUUAGGAUUUUUUGACGCUCACUGAGAGACACGAUCCCUGUGCUACUUCUUCGGCAUUCCUGAGAGUCACUCCGUGGGUUUACAGUAACUACAGAGCACCGUGAUCAAAAUGAAGGCAGCUUUGGUAAUAAUUCCCUUUUGUCUAAGGGCCCUGCCUGGUGUACUGUUAGGAGCGAGACAUAUGGGAGGGGCUAAAGAUACAGUUCAUCCGUGCAAUCCCACAGUAAUACAGGUAUCACCGAUCUACUAAUGUUAUUAUUUAUUUAUUUCUGUAUUUAAUGACUACUGUUUAUGAUAAUUUAUUCAGAAUAAGAGUAAACUAAUAAUAAAUGAUUAUUAACACUUAGCAACGACUUAUCCAGAAUUGUAUGAUCACUUCCUGUUGCCAAAACUUAAAGUUAUUUAGAGAUGGGUGGAUUUUAUCAAAUGAAGGACUGUUUGGAGAUGCUCCCCCACUGUGCGUAUAGUUUUUCCUCUAUAACAGCCAUAGUGCUGCUCCAGUGCUACUCCCAAUAAACUGCUCAUGGUAUGUUCUUUAGGUCUAUUUUAUAAGCCCUGAACCUUUCUGUGAAUAACCCCCCCCCCACACACACACACACACACUUCCACCCCGCCCCUGCCGAGUCAGUCCGUCGACUGCACUCUUUUGACGCUUUUUUGUAUGUAUAGUGAAACAAUGAGAGCAAUAUGCUGAAAGAAUCCUAAAGAAGCCUUGUUUUCUAUCGUGACAGUAUGUGUGCACAGUUUGUCUGAGGUCUGAGGAGCUCAAAGGUCACACCUAAGGGCAGGAUGUGUUUCCGGGUCGUUUUUUUUCUUCUUUUUUUUUCUUCCGUGUGCUUGACUGAGCAGCACGAUGAAACCAACGUGUGGAUGAGACCCUGGUGCUCCUGGCAGGCGUUUGAGUCAUGUCCGGAAGGGUUUGUCUUUCAUGUAUGUAGAGAGCAAAAGGUAAUCGCCAAACUGCUAGCCAUGCUUUCCCUCUUUUAAAGAGCUGCUUUUUUUCCUUCCUUCCUUCUUUCCUUUUUCUCGUUACCUUGCUCUUAUUUUUGGCAUCCUGAAAAGUUUGAAAGGGCAGCUACCUGUCACACUGAAUAAAACGUGCAGUCACUGUCCACAG